UGAAAUAACUAACAAAAAAAAAGUUUUUAACGGUGUUUUUUUUAAUUAAAAUGUUACUUCAUUCAGGACUGAAAGCGUCUCUGAGUGAUCUGUUUGUAGAGAAAAGAAUAAAACUCAGUGCUGUAUGUGCUUCUGUUCUAACGGCCUGGUGCAGUUACAGCGCCUCACCGCCAGGCGGAGACAAUACACAAAAAGUGUGAGGCGUGCCGGUUGAGUAAAUGUAGAAAGUUCCUUUUAAAUCUCCCAGUUGUUUCUGUAAUUCCGCGACAGCCCACGGGCUUGUAUUGUACAUCUUUAAAAGUUAAUCGAUAACUGAUGAGAUUUUCAUUUUCAAAAUGUCGGAAAACUGAAAUAAUUAACAAUAAAACAACGCCACGUUUGAACGUGUACAGGGCGGGACACUUAUUGUUGUGACUACGUAUCCCAGAAUUCACCGGAGCAGAGCGAGCCUUCAAAAACACCCCUUUUGGGCAGCGCGGCUCUCCGGCUGCACACAAUCCUGCACCGAGUUUAUACUCGGUAAAGACAGCACGGUGUAGCCGCCACGGAGAGACUUUAAGACGGAAUAACUCUGGGAUAACUGCCGCCUGCAGCUGCUGUGACAGGACAGACAGCUCGUUGUUUUAAAGUGCACCCCGGAAGUGAGGGAUUAUUCGCUAGCUGCAGCCCGCAGUGGGAGUCGGAGCUGUGAGCUGAUGGCUGGCUAAAAACGGGACAGAGGUUUUUAAAGCGGGUUAAAAUGUCCGGGUUUGGAGAGGGAUAUCUGCACAGGCUUGUCUGAGUGAUGGGUUAUUGUUGUCCGGGUUAGCUUGCUGACUAAAAAAAAAAAAAAGAAAAGUUGUCUGUGACAAGUGAGCUAGCAUUUGGCUAAUUAAAGUUAGCGCGAGAGGCUGGCUAGCAGACGGUGUGUUUUUGUUUGGGAUUUUUUCUUCAUCGACCUGUCUGUGCAUUUCGCUCACACAUAAAGAAGAAACCUCUGUGAAGAGAUCGGGUAAUCCGGACACUCGUCUGGGAGUCGUCGUCGUCGUUGUUGUUGUUUUUGUUUUGUUUUGUUUUGUUUUGUUUUGUUUUGUUUUGUUGGACUGAAUCUGGAGGAGGAGGAGGAGGAGGAGGAGGUGGUGAAGGAGGGGGCGAAUACUUUCCCUCCCUCGCUUUAUACACAGGAGUCAUUCUUUCAGACUUUAAUGCAUGAGCUUUAUAUAAAAGCAGUGCAUUACACAGCUCAGAGUCGAGAGAUGCACAUGUGAGGAGAGAGAGAGAGCUGGCUUUUACAUCCGUCACUUCAGCACCUUCAUCAUCAUCAUCAUCAUCAUCAGAGUGUGUGUGUGUGUUUGAGGGAGAGCGAGAGAUGAUGGAGGGAGGAAACGUGCAGAAGACGAGUCCUUUACCCCGAGAGCUCACUCGCGUCUUCAGCAGCUACAACAAAAACUCUGCGCUGCUGAAGAAGAACCUGAAGGAGACGAGCAGCUUCUUCAGAGAGAUGAGACAGAACUACAGCAACGUGUGUACGCCUGGGGACCUGGAGCAGGGUCAGCUCGGCUGCGUCUCCAUCCCCCGUCUCGAUGAGGAGUUCCUCCACGGCGUGGUGAGUAGCGCCCCCUACAUCCUGGUCCUCGGACAAGAUUGCCCCGCCCGCUACCAGCUCCUCAACUUCCUCCUGGGAGAGAAGCUCCUCCCUCUCGGCUCAGACCUGGGCGUGACCUGUGGGCCGGGGGGCAGGGCUUGUAAAAGGAGGAAGUUGUGUUUCACUCACGGGCGUCAGACUCGACUCAGCUUGGCUCUACCGGGGCAGUACGAGCUCGUGCACCAGUUAGCCGCUAACUGCAGCCGCUGGGACACCGUCCCCCUGCAGGACCUGGAGAUCCAGGACGAGUGUGAGGAUCCGGCGCACCGAUUGGCCGAGCUGGAGAUCACGCUGCAUCAGUCGCUGCUGCAGCUCCACCCACACGCUCCUGUUGGGGUUCUCUCGGUGCUCUGUGAAGGAGGAGAACCAAAUUCAGCUUACACUCACUCAGCAGUGAUCAUAUCCACUAACUGAU